AUGUUUCUCUGCGGCGGCUCGACUUUUCGCCGCGAGCACAACACAGAGCAGCAGCAGCAGCAGCAGCAGCAGCAGCAGCAGCAGCAGCAGCAGCAGCAGCAGCAGCAGCAGCAGCAGCAGCAGCAGCAGCAGCAGCAGCAGCAGCAGCAGCAGCAGCAGCAGCAGCAGCAGCAGCAGCAGAGUGGCCUGAAGAAUCAUCCGACCGCUUCGCACCCUAAUCCUCUUGCUCGGCCGAUCCAGCCGCGGCAGCAGCAGCAGCAUUACCACUCGUCGCCCCGCUCCACAGUGCCCCUGUCACCCGCGUACGUGCACCCGCGCAACAGCCACGCGCCGGCGCAGGCUCGGGGGGCUAACCACGGGCUAGCGCAGACCCAGAACGGCCAGCCGCACGCGUCUGCCGCCCCGUCCGGCAUCAACGGCUAUGCGCGCCAUCUCUCCAGCCGCCUCAUGUCCAAGAAGCGCUCAAAGGAGCCCGCCGGCGGCUUCCGCCAGGGCGCAACCGUUGGGUGCGCGGGCAGCGCGCGCGUGUUCGCCGCAGGGGCUGCGCUUGAGCGGAAGUUAUCCGCGGAAGACUCCCGUGUGGCAGGGGAGGCGGAGCAGCAGGGCGCGGGAGGAGGACAGCCGGCGCAAGACUUUAUGUCCGGAGGAGCUACCCGCGCCGGCCCCGGCGGAGGGGAUAAUAAGCUUCCCCGUAAGCCGUCUGCUGCGGCGGCUGCUGCCGCUGUAGCUGCAGCGAAGAUGGCGGCCUCCGCGGCUGCUGCCGCCGCGGCCACUGCCUCCGGCGCAGACAAGGUCCAUCUCAACCCCCCGGUGGGGGCGCACGGGGGCGGGCCGGCGGCGGCAGAGCAGGGAAUAGAAACGCAGCCGCUUCCGCCGCUUCCGCCUGGCUACCGUUUUAAGCCUACGGACGAGGAGCUCGUGGCGCAUUACCUCGUGCCGCGCGCGCGCCUCGCAGACGAUUCCCUUGGCGUGAUACCGUCUAACCCGCCGGUUCAAGCGGGACGGCGGGCAGCCGCCGCUGCUGGUGGGAGGCGCGACGCGGGAAUGCGCGCGGAUGGGGGGAGGCGGGAGCUUCAAGGGGAAGAGAUGCCGCCGCCGCCACAGCAGCAGCAGGAUUGGAUGACGAUGAUUGCAGAUCUGGAUGCCCUGGAUAUGGAGCCGUGGGAGCUUCCUAUGUCGUGCUGCAUCGGCGACGGCGAGUGGUAUUUCUUCUCCACGCGAAGCCACAAGUACGGGCACUCGCGGCGCACCAACCGCUGCACGGCCAACGGCUACUGGAAGGCCACGGGCAACGACCGCACCAUCCACUGCGACCCCGUCUUUGGCGCCGCCAUUGCCGCGGGCGCGAGCAGGGGCAUCGGCGCGGGGAUGGGCGCGGGGAUGGGCGGGGGUGUGGGGAGGCAGUUGUCCCGCGCGUUGCUGGGCAGGCGCGGGGGGGGAGGGUUGUUCGGGGGAUGUUUGGAUGACCCUUCGAUAGCGGAUGAGGAGGGGGAGGGGGAGGACGGGGAAGAGGGGGAGAGGGCGGAUGGGGAUGGGAUCAUGCCGGGCAUGGGCGGUUCGGCUAUGGACAAUGGUCGUUAUCUUGCACCCCACCAGCGUAACAUGGGUCCCACCCAUCCACCUCUCGCCCAGCAGCCUCCCCGUGCUAAAAAGAAGUUUCCUUCCUUGUUGUGCCUGCCCUCUCUCCCCAUGCAGGGUUCGCUCGUGCUGUGCCGUGUGUACAACAAGGGGUCCCACCCAUCCGUCGCCCAGCUGCCUCCCCGUGCCAUGUCCGCUCCUCUUCCUGCUGCUGCCGCUGCCGCUGCUGCUGCUGGCAUGGUUCCUGAUAUGGGCAUGGGCGUGGGUAUGGGUAGCAUGGGUAUGGAGGGAGGGAUGGAGGGAGGGAUGGCGGGAGAACUGGAAGGAGAGAUGGAGGGAGAGAUGGAGGGAGAGAUGGAGGGAGAGAUGGAGGGAGGUUUGGCUGCUGCUCCUGCUGCUGCUGCUACUGCUGCUGCUGCCACAACAACCACCGCUCCUCCCGUUGACACGGUGCCGAUUCCACAUGCUUCUGGUAUCCCCACAUGGCUGGAUGAGGAGGAGGAAGAUGAACCAGAGAUCUGGCUGUCACCGUGUGCAGGCAACACUCCUCUCUCCAACAACACACCCCUUUCUGGCACCACACCGCUUUCCAACUGCACGCCCCUUUCCGGGACCUCGCCUCUCUCUGCCGGCGCUGCAGCAGGGGCAGCAGCGGGUGGAGCAGCAGGAGAGCUGGGUGGUAUUGAUAUCGACGACUUCGACCUUGGGCUCGAUUUCGGGGAUUUUCCUGAUUUUCUGAUCGCGCAGGAUGACGCGCCGUGCCAUGCAGACGAGGAUAAUCCCGCUGCUGCUGACGAUGCUGAUGCUGAUGCUGAUGCUGAUGCUGCUGCUGCUGCUGCUGCUGCUGCUGCUGCUGCUGCUGCUGCUGCUGCUGCUGCUGCUGCUGCUGCUGCUGCUGCUCCUUCUGCUGCUGUUUGUGCUGCUGCUGCUAAUGCAUCUGCUUCUCCUUUCAAGCGCAGCCGCAGCAUGAUGGAACGAGAUGGAGGAGGAGAGAGAGGAGGAGGAGCCGGAGGGGUAGGAGGAUUCGGAGGAGGAGGAGGAUUCGGAGGAGGAGGAGGAGGAGGAGGAGGAGGAGGAGGAGGAGGAGGAGGAGGAGGAGGAGGAGGAGGAGGAGUGAGACAGGAGGGUGGGGAGGAGGGAAGUGUGGCAGUGCCGGUGCAAGGGAGUUAUCCUGGAGGGAAGAUGAUGAGGGUGGGGACGGUGGAGGAGCGCCAGGGCGUCAGGCGAAGUGGGGGAGUAGCUGGUAGUGCUACUGGUAACAAUGCUGUCAGCGGCUGGAUUGGUGGUGGUGGUGGUGCUGGUGCUGUUGCUGGUGCUGGUGCUGGUGCUGCUAAUGCUGCUGGUGGUGCCGGUGGUGGCGCUGCUGGUGGUAACACGACAAGAGGCAACACUCUAGCUCACGCUCCCGUCGCUCCCGUCUUUCCCGUGGCUCCCGCGACGCCUGUUGCUCUCGUCCCUCCCGUCGUCCCCGCUCCUUCCUUCGCCGUCGUCGCGUGGUCGGCCUCCCCGCCUCUCCCGUCACUCCCGUUCCAGUCGUCCCAUCCGUCCCCGCCUCCCAUUCCUCCCGUCCCACCCGUCGCUUCUGCCCCGCCCGUCAUUGCCGCGCUUCCCAUCCCUCUCCGCCAAUCGCCUGACGUCCCUCAUUCGCAUCGCUCACUCAAUGCCGUCUUGCCCUUCCUCCCGCCGCGAUCGCCCAAACCCACCGCUCACACAUGGAAAUUGCCCCAUCGAUCUCUCACGCUCGUCUCUCGCUCCUGUCAACUCCGUCCCACUAGACUAUCCGGUCCCUCUCUAGAUCGCGCCUUCCUUCCCUCCCUACGCGCUGCUCCCCCCUCCCUACGCGCUGCUCCCCCCUCCCUACGCGCUGCUCCCCCCUCCCUACCCACUGCUCCACUCAACAUGGCUCCUGCAGGCAGUAGCGGUGGUGGCAGUAGGGAACGGCAGCAGCAGUGGCAUGGGGAGUGGGUGGAGCGCCAUCAGCGUGGUGGUGGUGGAAGUGUGGGGCAGCAGCAGAGCAGCAUGUGGUGUCCUGCUCACCCUGUCAUCUAG